CGUUUUUAUAUCCUUGCAUCAACAAUGCCUCUCCCAAUCCAAGCUUUCUUUGUCCCUCUCCUCUUCCUCUUCUUCUUCUUCUCCUCCUCCAUUGCUACGGCAGCUAUCGUUGAGCAUGUUUUCCAGGUUAAAAACGUGGUGGUGAAACCGUUGUGCAAGGAGCAAAUGAUACCGACUGUUAACGGAAGUCUUCCCGGUCCAACGAUAAACGUUAGAGAAGGCGACACUCUCGUGGUUCAUGUUAUCAACAACUCUACGUACAAUAUAACCAUCCACUGGCAUGGAGUGUUUCAGUUGAAGAGCUCAUGGAUGGACGGUGCAAAUAUGAUAUCUCAAUGUCCGAUUCAACCACGUAAUAACUUCACGUAUCGGUUCGAUAUCACCGGACAAGAAGGUACUUUGUUAUGGCAUGCUCACGUCGUUAAUCUACGUGCCACACUUCACGGGGCUCUUAUCAUCCGUCCCCGAUCGGGCCGACCUUAUCCGUUUCCUAAACCCUACAAAGAAGUUCCUCUUGUUUUUGGGAUGUUUAAGCUCAGGGUAGUACAAGGGAAAACAUACUUGCUAAGGAUUAUAAACGCGGCGCUCAACACUCACCUCUUCUUCAAAAUAGCCAGUCACAACGUGACAGUCGUCUCUGUUGAUGCUGUCUACACGACACCUUACGUUAGCGAUGUGAUGAUUUUGACGCCAGGACAAACCGUCGACGCACUUCUCACGGCUGACCAGCCCAGCGGAAUGUACUACAUGGAGAUAAGCCCUUACACUAGUGCUAACUCGUUAGUACCGGUACCCCCUAGCACUCCUAUUAGAGGCCUAAUCGUCUACGAGGAUGCCAAGUCGACAGCAUCCCCAUCAAACUCGUUGAUGCCUUCAGGGAUGAAUGCAAUAUCCACCGCUCAUAGAUUCUCCUCAAACAUCACUAGCCUCGUGGGUGGACCAUACUGGACGCCAGUGCCUGACCAUGUGGACGAGAAGAUGUUCGUAACCAUGGGGCUUGGCUUAAAGCCAUGCCCUCCGGGAACCAAGUGUAUUGGUCCGUUUGGUCAGCGGUACGCUGGUUCUCUCAACAACCGUACUUUUGUGAUCCCCGGAACGAUUUCACUCCAAGAAGCCUAUUUCUAUAAUAUCAGUGGAGUAUACACCGAUGACUUCCCCGACCAACCUCCAAUGAAAUUCGACUACGCAAAUUUUGGCGUCCGUACAAAUUUUGAAUACAAAUUGAUGUUUCCGGAGAGAAAGACUAGCGUGAAGACACUUAAAUAUAAUUCUACAGUAGAGAUUGUUGUGCAGAACACAGGGAUAAUCACCCCAGAGAGUCAUCCCAUGCACCUUCACGGCUUCAAUUUCUAUGUGUUGGGUUAUGGAUUUGGUAACUAUGAUCCCAUCCGUGAUGCAGAUAAGCUAAAUCUAGUUAACCCGCAAAUGCACAAUACCGUUGGUGUACCACCAGGUGGAUGGGUUGUCUUAAGAUUUAAAGCCAAUAAUCCUGGUGCAUGGAUGUUUCAUUGUCACAUGGAUGCACAUUUACCUUACGGAAUAGUAAUGGUUUUCAUAGUUCAAAAUGGACCAAGUCCGGAAACAAGCAUGCAACCUCCACCGUCGAAUCUUCCACAGUGCACUCGUGAUCCCACGAUUUAUGAGUCGCUGGCAACAAGCGUUGAUUUGUCUUCCUAGAAGUAGCUUUUACCCCAGCUGCCGGAUCUUCUCUAGAAGUAACUAUCAAUCGUAGUUGCUUCUUCAUUUUUUGGUAUUUUAAUUGAUUGGUAAUAUAGAGAUAUUUUUCCAAAAAAAACCUAAA